AUUGGCACGAGACAGUGUUAUUACUUGUUUGAUAAAAUUCUGUUAGGUUUAGGGUCAGGUACCUCCAUUCCAGGACGUAAUAAUUUCGACAAAUUAAUUGACGUAGUCGGUGUACCCAGGACAAACCUAAUAAACGAAACCCAACACGCAAAACAGGAAAUGUGAAUGUUUACCGACCCUUAUUGUAAAUGUAGGGGCUUAUAGUAAUGGCGUCAUCUCAUGACUACAGAGAUGAUGCAACAAUGAACAACCUCCCAAAAAUUGCGUCAGAUUCAUCUCCCUUGAUCAGUAGGAGUGUCAAGUCACCGGAUAAUGAAACUGUUGUGAAGACUCCUGUUGGUUCAAGAUUAGAUGAACAUGGAAGCAGUGAAACAGCGGCUAAGACUCCAAUUGCUUCAGUAUUUGAGCAAUGUCCAGAUGAAACAAGACAGUUUACUCAUGUUGUCAAUACAGAAGAUUACACAGAACCAAAACUACCUUACAGCCAAAUGGAACAUGCGCCCCCAUCUGAUAUAACAGAACCAAAACUCCCCUACUCAAUGAACAAUGAGAAUUCAAACCAGCGUCACUCAAUUGGAAGCUCUGGUUGUAUGGCACAGGAUGUGACUCAACCCAAGGGAUUCUACGGAAACAACAGCAGUGGUGCAACUGAUGACGUUGCAUUUAACUCACAACCUGCGGCCCAAGGGAAUAAUUUUCAUGACGUGCCUGUUAAUGGGAACGAAUGUUCAGAAUCAACUCAUGAGCCGAAAAUAAGUCGACAGAUCACCAUAAACACAAGUGGUGACACACACAUAUAUACUCUAACGAAUGAUGGCAAACCGGAGAAACAGAGAAUAACUACAGAUUUGCAAAGAAGGUUGCGAGAACACGCACAGGUGUUUGCGGGGCAUUUUAAGUCCCCGGUUGAGCUACAGAAAGCUUUGAAGUAUGUUUCUCUUGAGGUGUCUACAACGUUUCAAAGAGCGAGUCUUGACUUGAAAGAUGCCGCCCAUCCCUCACGUAAAGCGCUUGAGAAAAUGUUUGAGAGACCUCACGGUGAUGUAGUUAUUGAUGAUCUGUUUAAGAAAGCAGAAGAAUCAGCCAUGCGUGAUGCACAACGUGUUGGCGCUGCUGCUCACAAUUACAUUAAGAAGCACGGGCAUACACUGGGGGUGGUAGGACACCCUGGGAUUGGGAAAACAACACUUUCACAAAUUUUGACCCAGAAGGUAUUGCAAGGGACAAUGUGUCCGGAAGUGGAAUAUUUAGUUGUUAUCAAGGUAAAUUCCCUGGAUCUAAAGAGGAAGUACAACAAUGCUCUUGAGUUUCUGCUGACCAGCUGUUUACCAGAUUUCCAGCAUUCGCAAGAAGUUGAUCGACUCUUACUCGAGGAGCUCCAAAACAAUCCCAAAGUCAUGAUCAUUAUCGAUGGCAUUGAUGAAGCCAAUGUAUCUCUCUCUUCCGAAGUUGGCAACUGCAACCUGUAUGGCCGACACACAGGCGAAGUUAUUCUGAAGAACAUACUUCAAGGUAAUUUCUUUCCAUUUGCCUACAAAGUGGUGGUCGGGCGGGUCAGGCAGUUUUUUCAGCUGUCUCCCAAUUACCGGCCAAAAUUUGUGCUUGAGGUAAAUGGGUUUACUUUGGAUUCACAGAAAGACAUCUGCCAUCAAAUUUGUGGCCUCCAGGCUGCUGCGGUUAUACAAUACCUCCAUGAGCAUCCAAACAUUGCUUCAUACUGUUAUGUUCCUGUUAACUGCAUUAUUACAAUGGAGACACUGCGUAGGAGUCUGUUGAGCACAGAACAACUUCAUAUUCAAUCAACCACCCACGUUUUUACCAUCUCCUUCAAAACGUACCUGGACUCUGAUCACAUCCAACCCAGUGGAGACGUCCGACAGUCGAGUUACAUUGCUCACCUUGCGUGGAACGGAUUUAUUGAGAGGAAAUACAUCUUCAGCUGUGAGGAUUAUGGAAGGGUGGAUCUCUCUGAGGAAAGUGCGAAUGCAUUUUUGAGUAUUCAUGUUGAUAACAAACAAAUCCGGUCACGGCAUCAGUUGGAUUCACCGAGCUGCUUCUCCCAUCUCACCCUCCAGGAAUAUCACGCAGCUCGCUUCGGUAUUCUUUACAUGCCAGUAGACGAAUUCAAGAAACACGAGGAAACGUUCUGUUCAGCACAUGGGAUCGUUGUUACACAAUUCAUGUUUGGCAUGUGCAACAGAACUGUAUUUGAUGAAGUAAGCCAAAUACCAUCCUACCAUCAAGUCACUGAUUAUGAAGCCAAAAAGAAGAUUCUGAUUGAAAUGGCGAUGUCCAAUUUUCAACAAGUUUUUGUGAACGACAGCGUUGAAACUCCUAAGCUACUGCAGGUCUGCGGUUGGUUGUACGAAGCCAACAACCCAGAAAUCACCAGCGCAGUUUGUUCUACAACCAUCCCCGAUUCAUUGAACAUAUCGGGCUUACUCUUGCCCAGUGAUGCCGCAAGCUUGGCUUUCUUUCUGCAAAACCUAUAUGGAACACACAAGCUCAAUUUGGGAACUGAGUUCUCUAACAUCAGAUUUGGUGACAACGCUCUAAGCACGUUGUUAAAUGGCAUAAAGGAAUGUAGAAACAUCAAAGUGAGCCAGUUCCAUGCGAGUAAAUCGCCAGUAACUGACGCUGUGGUGAAAGAUCUUAAUGAAUGUAUUGCUGGUGGAUUAGAUGCGUUGACGCUUGAACUAUGGGAUCUGUCGGAUAACCAUCUUCAAAGUUUAACAGAAGCAAUCACUAAAUCCCAAAAUAAGAUCCCAGCUGUCAAUUUCAGCCACACCAAAAUAAGUGAAACUGGUGCCAAACACUUUGCAAAGUGUAUUUCCAACAUUGAGGGUGCUAAACUAAUCGGUUGUGACAUUAAUGGUGUAGGAGCUGGCUAUCUGGCAGAAGGUCUUCGGUGUCCUAUAUCGUCUUUAAACCUACAAGACAAUCCUAUUGGUGAUCUCGGAGCCUCCAAACUCGCUCCUCAUCUGGAUCACUUUAAGGAGUUGUUGUUAGAAAGAUGUGGCAUCGGUCCAAAAGGGGCAGAGACCUUUGGAGAUUAUGCAGCUAAUUUGCAAACACCUAUGGAACACUUUAACAUCAGUUGUAACAAGAUACAAGAUGAAGGGUUGAGUAAAACUUCUUGAUGGUCUUUCAAACAUGAGGAAAGUUGGUUUGUGGGAUUGUGGUUUCACUGAAGUUGGUGCCACCGAACUUGGGCAAGCUUUGCAGAAACUCAGCGUUCCACUUGAAUCCAUCAACAUUGGCGCAAACAAAAUUGGAAACGGAGCAACUGCGUUGGCUCAUGGUUUAUGCGGUGUCCGCUCCUUGAACUUGAGUCAAUCAAACAUUCCCGAGCACAAAAUCAAGUUUAUUAAAGAGAAAUACCAAGCCUUGCCAUCACCGAAACCGAAAAUAGAAGGGAUUGGAUCAAUGCCAAGUUCCAACACCCGAUGUGUCAUGCAAUAAUACUACAAAACACAAUGAAUAUUUUACCUAAGUAUUUUACACACGUUAUAAAUAGUUAAUGUUUACAUACAUUUGCAUUGCCACAAACCCACAGUUGUAUUUUUAUCCUUUUAUUUACACUUAAAACUUGCUUGUAUUUUUAUCUCUUAAUAGUUCCUUUAUUCACACUUAAAAUUUGCAUGCAGCCAACCACCUUACAGUAGAUUCUUCUUCUUUAAACAGCAACAAUACAAUAAUAUUAUCAUGUUUUUUU